CCACUGGCGGAUCUGAGGGGGGCUUUGUUUAUCAAUACAUGGUUUGACUGUACCUCAUCACAUGACAGUCACGUGACUUCCAUCAAUCAAAAUGGAUGACAGAUGAAUUCAACAGUAAUAACUGAAAUCAUAUUGCGAUUCCCUGUCAAACUCAACAGAACAGUCUUGGGCAUAUAACAAAUUGCUUGUGUCCUCGCACAAGAUGGCGAAACUACUGAACACUCUUACGCUCGUUAAACCACAGUUAAACUCAAAGCUGUUUGAUUUAACAUUGAGAACAUUUUCAAAUUCAAAAGUUCUGGUAUCAAAACAGCCUGCUUUGCCGGACUACAACACAUCUGUGAACAUUCAUGAACACAAGCUGAAAAGACCCGAUAAACCACCUCCGAAAUGGACUGGAUUGAAAGGCUUGGAAAAGAGAGCUAAGGGGUCUCUCAUACCAGACACUCUUAAAGAAAUGGAGGAAAGUGAAGAGUUUAAAUUGACAGCUGCCAGAUUGAAAGAACUUGGUCAGAAAAAACUAACGAGGGAGGAACGAAAACAACGUCAAAGAGCUUUAGAUAAUCUUGGAAUCCCAAGUUUUGUAGAGUUUUGGCAAAAAGCAAAGCUUGAAUUUGGAAUUGAUGAUCCCGCAACGGAGAUAAGAAAACAACCAAUCAACAUUUUCCAGAUCAACGUUGGUUUAUAUUGCAAUCAGGCGUGUAACCAUUGCCAUGUGGAGUCAUCCCCAAAACGCAAGGAGAUGAUGGACAGAAAGACGGCAGACAAAUGCCUUGAGGUCCUGGCGAAUAGUCCCUCUGUACACACUCUGGAUCUGACUGGUGGGGCUCCAGAACUGUGUGAUCAGUUCCGUCAUCUAGCGAAGGGUGCUAGGGAGUUGGGCAAGACAGUCAUCGAUCGUUGCAACUUAACAGUUCUCGAGGAACCGGGUCAAGAAGAUUUGGGAGAAUUCCUCGCUGAAAACAAAAUCCAAGUGAUCGCCUCUCUGCCUUGUUACACGGCGAAGAAUGUCAACACACAGCGAGGAAGUGGCGUGUUUGACAAGAGUAUAUCUGCCCUUAGGAAGCUUAACUCACUUGGAUUUGGUGUUGAGGGAAGUGACUUGCAUCUUGAUCUUGUGUAUAACCCAUUGGGUAAUUACUUACCUCCUCCACAGGAGGAAUUGGCCCAUCAGUAUAAGACUGAGAUGAUGGAGAACUUUGGAGUUGAGUUCAAUAUGUUAUUUACCAUGACGAACAUGCCUAUUAAGAGAUUUGCUGACUUUCUAUACAGAAGGAAUGAACUCCAGGAAUAUCUUGAGCUGCUAGUGCGCAACUACAACAUUGCGACAAUUGAUAACCUGAUGUGCCGCAAUCACCUUAAUGUAAGCUGGACUGGAGAACUAUUUGAUUGCGACUUCAAUCAGCAGAUGAGCCUUGGAAUACAUAAAGAGAAUGAUAAAAAAGGACUGUCCGUGUUUGAUAUCACUUCUACUAAAGACCUUGAAGGUCUCGUUGCAAAUAACGACAACCACUGCUUUGGUUGUAGUGCUGGUAUGGGGUCUAGCUGACAGGGAGUGACAGUCUAAAAUGGCACUAGAAAGGGCCCCUUAGUAACUUAACAAUUACGAUAUUAAAGGGGCUCGUCAGUUGCUGUUGAGGGCUGUUUAACAUUUGAAAUGUUUGCAAAAUAUUGUUUUCAGUUUUACGAGAGACAAAAAUAGCCCUGUAUGAGGUUAUUUAAUGUAAAGUGAUAAUGGAACACUAUUUUGCAAGUCGGUGGAGAAUUAAUUGUUGUACAUUGUGUAUAAUAUCCAAGUGAAUGAUAUAAUGCACUGAAAUCAUGUAGUGCAUUAUUGAUGUAGCUGGUAGCACAAUGCACAACAAUAAAUAGAAAAUUGCACACCAUGUGCGUUUAUACAGGGUGUACCAAAAAAACUUUACCCACCUAACCAUGAAUAUCUCUUUAACCAAAUAGAGUUUGAUAAAAGAAAGUUUG